GCCGCCCAUUCUACACCAGGUGUAGAAAUUGCUCAAAUUGCUCGACAUAACAGCUGUAGUGCUGAGGGCGAAGCCGAACGCAUCGACAUGCUUGGCGAAGCUGCGAAGUGCAGCUGAAGGCCACUUGGCAAGCAUGUCUGCUGCGAAGCCCCCACGUAAUCGCUAGUGCUGGACGCUGCACUGAUGGAGCUGCCGGCGGAACUUGACACGCUGCUCGGUGCAGGCAGCGUGUCCUUAGCCCCGGCCACCCUCUAGGCGCCGCAAGCGCGCCCCGCUGGCGCGCGGAGGCUGUUGUCGUGUUGAGGGUCAAGCUGUUGAGGGUCACCUGAGCCCCGACGCCUAUCGCGCGCUGCGCAAUUCGAUAAAAGCAUCCUGAUGCAUCUCGUUUUUUGAAUCUCAUAAAAUAUAUCAAAGUCUGUAGUUGUUUUACGCUGUCGCAGCCUGCGAUUCCUGAGCCCGUCCUUUGCCGGAAUUUUGCCCGAGUUUCGGUUGAGUUUCUCCUCACACGCAGCUUCCCAAACGGCACGCCCGCGACUAUGCACUCCCACUCCCGUGCCGCGCCAACCACCAGCCUCUGCCGUGCUCCGCCGUACUCUCUUGCAGCUUCCCACACGCGUGUGCGCUCAACUGCCCGCUCCCACUCGCACGCCUGCCGACAACCGCCAACGACCCGUGUGUGUCACUACAGUCAGGUGUACGACGACGGCGGCAGCAUGACGACGGCACGUGUGUGGUGGAGCCUGCUGCUGUACGGACACCCGCGGCCGUAAAUUCUGGCGGGCGGUUGGGACGCGUGGCGGGCGGGCGGCGGCGGGUCGGAGCUGUACGAGCCGUGCCCUCUAAAGCUCUCCACCACAUUUGAGGCGGAGCCGCAGCCCCAGUACCGGGCGAGUGUGGAAGAAUUCGUGGCGGCAGCGGAGCGGGGAAUAGCAGCAGCAGUAGCCGCAGGCCCCGGGACCGUUGCUAUCCUGCUACUGCCAGAGGGCGCGCGUCAAGCGGACGCUGGGCCGCUGCCAGCGGGGCUCCGGACCGUGGCCCUGUCAGAGCUCCUGCCGUCGGCGGGCUCUACUGUGGCGGGAGGGUUAGGAGAUGCGGGUGCCCGGCUGCUGGAGGAGGCGGCAGCAGUGGCGACGGCAACGGAGGGACAAAGGCGCGAGCGGCAGCGCGUGCUCAGGGCGAGGUUGGGCAGCGUGUUGGGGGUGACGGGGCUAGGCGAAGACAGCGGAGUGCGGCUGCUUCUGGCGUCGCCCCACGACGCAUCUUUGAGCGCGUGCGUUGUGGCAGCGGUGCUGCGGGCAGCAGGCCACAGCGAAUGGGCAGUGUGCGAUUCUUUGUAGCACCUCUUUCAGGUCGCCUUGGGUGGAUGGAAAGAACCUUAAGGCCAUCGAAGGGUCGCCAUCCGUGCUGUAAUGGGCCGCAUGC